AUGGGGCUGAGCUUUUUUCAGGUCUCGCAGUUCGUUCGCGAGCAGCCCACACGGGUGUUCAUCGCCGGCGCCCGGGAGGUGACCGGCGACGAAGAGCUUCCGCCGCUGAUCACCAACGGCCGGUUCGCCGAAUACCUGUUCGACGGCGACCCCACCCGCACGCGCUUGCUCGAACUGGAAUUCAACCCACCGGAAGACACUGAAGUCGAUCUGCUUCCCGGGGGAGAGAUUACCGAAGUGCAGGCGAUUGAAUGGGUGAGGCAGGGUGUGUUUGAAGUGGUGGUGAUCUUUCCGCCUGACUUCGCCAACCAGCUUGAAGAGUAUCGUCAGCAGCUUCGCGAACUGCGCGAAGGUGGUGAGCAAGACGAGGGUGCGGCUGACCUGAUGGUGCGGGUGCCGGGGCCGAGCAUCUAUCACAACUCGGCCAACGAGACUUCGCAGAUUGCUUACCUGCGGAUUUCGCAGGUGUUGCAGCGAUGGACGGAGAUGAUCGGACAGAGCAACCUGCAAUUCAGCGGGGUGCCCGAGACGGCCGCCGACCCGGUGGAUGUGGCCAACGUGGAUGUGGCCGACAGUGAUCACAAAGAUGCGGCCAUCUGGUCGAAGAUCUUUCCGUUCAUGGUGCUGCUGUGGGCGAUGACCGGGGCGUUCUACCCGGCGGUCGACCUGUGUGCGGGUGAGAAAGAACGUGGCACGCUGGAAACGUUGCUCAGCAGCCCUGCCAGUCGGGUAGAAAUUGUCUGGGGCAAGCUGCUGACGAUCACGCUGUUCAGCAUGGCCACGGCGGUGUUGAACCUAAUUAGUGUGGCCCUCACCGGGUUGUUCCUGCUGCGGCAGUUGAACACCUUCGCCAUGCCACCGGCGCUAACGCCGUUGUGGUUGCUGCUGGUGUUGAUUCCGGUUUCGGCCCUAUUCAGUGCGCUGUGCCUGGCUUUGGCGGCAAUGGCCCGUAGUACGAAAGAAGGUCAGUAUUACUUGAUGCCGCUGAUGAUGGUCACCAUGCCGCUGGUGAUUCUGCCGAUGGCCCCCGGCGUGGAACUGUCGUUGGGUAACAGCCUGAUCCCGAUUACUGGCGUGAUGUUGCUCCUACGGGCGCUGCUUGAAGGCAACUAUGUGGUGGCCCUGCCCUACGUGGCGCCGGUGGUGCUGGUGACCAUCGGGUGUUGCCUGUUGGCCAUUCGCUGGGCCGUCGAUCAAUUCAAUUCUGAAAACGUGCUGUUCCGCGAAAGCGAGCGGCUCGAUCUCGGGUUGUGGCUCAAGCAUCUGGUGCGCGAUCGGGGUGAUACGCCGAGCGUGGCCGAGGCGCUGUUCUGCUGCAUUCUGAUCCUGAUGAUUCGCGUGUUCAUGGGCCUGGCCCUGGCCCAACCGCACGACUUCCGAGGGUUUAUCGUGUUGGCGGCGGUGACGCAGUUGGUCGUGAUUGCUACGCCUGUGUUAUUGAUGACGACGAUGCUUACGCGAAAGCCGCUACGGACGUUGCUGCUGGAUCGUCGCCCGCCGGUGUGGAGUUUUGUGGCUGUGGUGGUGCUGGCCGUGGCGAUUCAUCCCGUGGUGACUGCUCUGCGCAACCUGGUGAUGUACCUCUACCCCUUGAGUGAAGAGGUGGCCGCGCAACUGAACGACCUUGGCGGGAUGAUGGGCGGCCCGAUGACGGCCCAGCGGUUGAUGCUGUUGCUGUUGGUGAUGGCCAUUGUGCCAGCCAUUUGCGAAGAGUUGGCCUUCCGCGGGUUCGUCCUUUCCGGGCUGCGGCACAUGGGCCACAAGUGGCAAGCCAUUGUGGUCAGCGCGUUCUUCUUCGGUGUGACCCAUGCCAUCUUUCAACAGUCGAUCGUGGCCUGCUUCCUGGGCGUUCUAUUGGGCUUCAUCGCCGUACAAACCGGCAGUUUGAUUCCCUGCGUGCUGUAUCACGGACUGCAUAACUCGCUGGCCCUGCUGAGUUCGCAGGCUUUGGCCGAAACGGCCAGCGACCCUGCGUGGCGGUUCCUGGUCUCGCAGACCGAGGAUGGCGGGCUGACUUAUCACUGGAGCGUGGUCACGCUGGGGGCCGUCGCUUCGGCAGCUAUCCUGGCCUGGAUGUCGAGCAAGCCCCACCCGAUGAGCAGCGAGGAAACGCUGCAAGACGCUUGGCUUCGCCGUAGGAGAGUGAUCGCCCGCUGGGAGCUUAGUUUCCUGGCACUGCUCUGA